UGACUGCCGCCUUUAAUAUUAUUUGUAUAUUACGUAAACAAAUGUAAUAUAUCUUCGUUUUAAAAGUAUUUUAAAUUUUAUAAACUGUGAAAAAACAUGAUGCAACGUAAGAUUAGUGUUGAUAUGAUAAAUUUGGCAGGAAAAAGGGUUCUGAUAAGGACAGAUUUCAACGUCCCAAUGAAGGAUGGUAAGAUCACUAACAACCAGCGGAUAGCAGCGAGUUUGGAGACCAUCCAGUACGUCCUCAGCCACGACGCCAAGUCCUUGGUCCUCUGCUCUCACCUAGGGCGGCCAGAUGGUCGUAAAAACCCCAAGUACACUCUGGCCCCGGUCGCCGAGGAACUUUCAAACUUGUUAAAAAGGUACGUGCACUUUAUGUCCGACUGUGUCGGUUCAGAGGUUGAAGCCUACUGCGCUGAUCCAAAACCUGGUUCAGUUAUUCUGUUGGAGAAUCUGAGAUUUCACAUAGAAGAAGAAGGAAAGGGUGUGAACGAGAAGGGUGAAAAGGUGAAGGCUUCCCCAGAGAACGUCAAGAAGUUCAGAGAGUCUUUACGGAAGCUCGGUGACGUGUAUGUAAAUGACGCCUUUGGGACGGCGCACCGCGCACAUAGCUCAAUGUUGGGCGAAGGGUUCGAUCAGAGGACUGCUGGCUUCCUUCUUAAGAAGGAAUUGAAUUACUUCUCCAAGGCUCUUGAAAAUCCAGAAAAACCGUUUUUGGCGAUAUUAGGAGGUGCCAAAGUUGCGGACAAAAUACUCCUAAUUGAAAACCUCUUAGAUAAAGUAACGGACAUGAUUAUUGGCGGUGGAAUGGCUUUUACAUUUCUCAAAGAGAUGAAGAAUAUGAAGAUUGGGAACUCUCUGUUCGACCCCGAAGGUGCAAAGAUAGUGAAGGACCUAGUGAACAAAGCCAACAAGAACAAAGUUAACUUGUACUUGCCAGUGGACUUUGUGACGGCGAGCAAGAUAGCUGAUGACGCUGCGGUCGGAGAGAGCACUGUGGAAGCGGGAAUACCGGACGGCAUGAUGGGGGUUGACAUCGGCAGUGGCACGGUAGACGUGUUCGUGCAGCCAAUCAAGAAGGCAAAACUUAUCGUCUGGAAUGGACCCCCAGGAGUAUUCGAAUAUGAGAAGUUCGCUAACGGCACGAAAUGCAUGAUGGCCGCCGUGGUGGAGGCUACCGCACGAGGAGCCGUUACCAUCAUCGGGGGAGGUGACACGGCCACGUGCGCUGCCAAGUUAAACACCGAGCCGCUGGUCAGUCAUGUAUCUACAGGAGGAGGCGCCGCCCUGGAACUGCUAGAGGGUAAGAAUUUGCCAGGUGUAACAGCUCUUUCGGAUAAGUGAUUCUUCCACGCUAAAUCUGUAAUCUACAAAAUACUUAACAACGAGGAAAUGGAAAUUUGAAAUCACAUUUUUUGUAAUAUUUAAUAGAAUAGUUAUUCUUUCAGUUGUGAAUAUAAAUUUGAAUGAAUAUUAUAUCUUUAAAAUCGA